AGACGUAGCUUCUACAGUUUCACAGCCAGACCUUUUCUUGUAGCUGCGAUGGUAGCUUGAAACUGCACGACGACAAAAUGUGUGACACAUUAUCGGAAAAUGGUUUCCCUCCCCUCUCCUCUUUCCGCCUCAUCGUCCCCCCUCUGCAGCUGGUGUCUGCAGCUCUGUUGCAGAUAGUGAAGCAGGGAGCUGUGAUGUACUUCGGUCUGUUGGCGGAGUUCAUCACUACAGUGCUGGAAACAGCCCCUGAGCUGCUAAGUGACACAGAGAGAGUCCAGCUAAUCAUAGGCCUUCGUGCAAAGGCAGUGCUAGAAUUGUGCCGCAGUGAUACUUUUGCAAGCCAGCAGGCCUUUCAGCUUCAUUUGAGCUACAUCACGAAUCAGAACAAAGAGGCUUCUGAUCCUGUGGUGAAAGCUUCAGUUACAAACUUCUUGAGGCUUGUUCAUACUCUAAAAAACGAUCAAUGCCAGAAAGAUAUCUUUUAUCAGUACAUUUUCCCAACAGUGUUUGGCCCUAAAUAUGACUCAGCUCUGCAGGCUCUUAUGAAGAAAUUCCUCUUCAACCUCCAGGUGCUGCUGCCUGUUCCUGACUUUGAACAAACUUCCAUGUGGCUCAGUCCCUCCCAAACUGUCAUGAAAGAAUGUGUGGACCUCAUGAACCAGCCUAUGCCACUGAAAACACUCAUGCGGCAUCACAGACACCAUGGGCAGGCAGUACCACGAGAAUCUUCUUCCACUGGCGAUGAUUGCAUCCUUUCCAGCCUAUCAUAUAGCCUAGGAAAUGAGGAUGACAACAAAUGUGAUACAGUUGUCAAAUCUGAACCCAUAAGUGAUUCACAAGAAUGGCAGACUGAUCACUUCCUGAGCAGUGAGCUAAAACAAGAAGAAGAAGACUUUGGGGUUGUAUGUUCCGAAUUUGUGAAAAAGGAAGAGGAACAGGAGCAACAGUGUGUCAAAGAUCUAACUGAAGACCAGGGAGCCUCUGUUGAAGUGGAACUUCCAUCUUUUGAUAAAACUGAGUCAAAUAAUGAGGAACAAAUGGACAAAACAGGGUCAGACUGUAUGAAAGCUGAAAGCCCUACAAACUCUGGGAAGACUAACGCUGACUGCAGUCUUGUGUGCCAUGUUUGUACCAAGGUUUUUGGUAGUCAACAAAGCCUUGACAUUCACCAGAGGAUUUGUGUGACCAGAAGUGAUGAACAAGAAACAACCGACACAAGUUGUUCCACAAGCUCAGCCGUUUUCACCAAACCAAACCCUGCUGAUGAAACCCUCAAUGCUCAAGACCAAAUGUGUAAUAAAACCAGUCGUGCCAAACAGUGCUCCAUAUGGAGGGAAGUAUUUCCUUGUUCUACUGACUUUAUGAGGCACAUGCAGUGCCACACUCAACAGAGUUCUUAUGUUUGCUCUCACUGCGGGAAAGACUUUGACAGGGGUGAGGACCUCAAGACACAUGAAGAAGGUUUCCCUCCCCUCUCAUCUUUCCGCCUCAUCGUCCCCCCUCUGCAGCUGGUGUCUGCAGCUCUGUUGCAGAUAGUGAAGCAGGGGGCUGUGAUGUACUUCGGUCUGUUGGCGGAGUUCAUCACUACAGUGCUGGAAACAGCCCCUGAGCUGCUCAGUGACACAGAGAGAGUCCAACUAAUCAUAGGCCUUCGUGCAAAGGCAAUGCUGGAAUUGUGCCGCAGUGAUUCGUUUGCCAACCAGCAGGCCUUUCAGCUUCAUUUAAGCCACAUAACAAACCAAGAUACAGAGACCUGUAAUGCUGAUGUCAAAGCUUCUUUCACAAACUUUCUGAGGCUUGUUCAUACUAUAAUGGAAGAUCAAUACCAGAAGUAUAACUUUUAUCAGAGCAUUUUCCCAAGAGUGUUUGGCCCUAAAUAUGACUCAGCUCUACAGGCUCUAAUGAGGAAAUUCAUCUUCAACCUGCAGGAGCUUCUGCCUGUUCCUGACUUUGAACAAACUUCCAUUUGGCUCAGUCUUUCUCCUUCUGUCAUGAAAGAGUGUGUGGACCUCAUGAAGCAGCAUUUGCCACUGGAAACACUCAUUAAACAUCAUAAACACCAUGGGCACACAGUAGGACAAGAAUCUUCUACUUCUGGUGAUUAUUACAUCCUUUCCAGCCUUUCAUUUAACCUUGAGGAAGACAACAAAAGUGAUGCAGUCAUCAAAUCUGAACCUAUAUGUGAUUCACAAGAAUGGCAGACUGAUAACUUACCAAGCAAUGAGCCAAAACAAGAAGAAGAAGAAAACUUGCAGGAUUCAUGUUCAGAAUUUGUGACGAAUGAAGAUGAACAGGAGCAACAGUGUGGUGAAGAUCUAACUGAAGACCAGGGAGCCUCUGUUGAAGUGACACUUCCAUCUUUUGAUGAAACUGAGACAAAUGAUGAUGAACUACUAGAAAAAGAAUUUCCCCAUUUGGAAAGUGGCCACAGAACACCAGCAAAAAGAUUCUGUUGUCAUGUGUGUGGCAAAGAUUUUGCUUCACAUAGCAAACUGAAGAAGCACAAAAUUGCCCAUAGUUCUUCUGUUAAAAAGAGUCAGAUGGAUUCUGUAAGUCCUUUUGAACAGGUGAAGUUGUAUCCUAAACCAAGGACUUUAAGCGAGAAUGAAGCUCUUGAAGGUGAGACUAAGCCAUCAUCAUUUGAGAACAGUCUUCCAAACUCUAAGAUGUCUAAAGAUGGUUGUGGUUUUGUUUGUUGUGGUUGUACCAACGUUUUUUCUUGUCAAAAGAACUUUGACAAACACCAGACGAUUUGUGCAGCCAGAAGCGGACAACAGGAAACAAUGGACUCCACAAGCCCAGCUCUUCACACCAAACCAAAUCCUAUUGAUAAAAAUAAGUCUUUUCCUUUAGAAAUGUCAAACCCAGUACAUCAGGAAUUACCUCCUGACACAAAGCAAGGCAAAAUGUGCAAUAAAAGCAACCGUAUUAAACAAUGCUCCAUAUGUAAGGAAGUAUUUCCUUCUACUGACUUGAUGAGGCACAUGCAGUGCCACACUCAACAGACUCCUUACCUGUGUUCUCCCAGCGGGGAAUACUUUGAAAGCUAUGAAGAUUGUAAGACACAUGAUAAAUGCAGAGGUUCGAACCAGAAUCCAAAGGAUGGUUUAAUGAUCAAUGAAAAUGACAAGAGUCAGGAGCUUACAGUCGAUUCCACUAAGACAAGUCAGAUCCCAAAAACACGCAAAAAUGCAUGUAAACCAAUCCUGACGUGUCCUGAAUGUGGCCAGCGUUUUACUUACUGCAAGAGAUUUGAGGAGCACCUGAAAAGAUGCUCAGAAGCAGCUUCUAAAACAGAAGAGAAAACCAGCACAAGCUAUUUGAUUAUCAAUGGGUGUGAUUUCAUUUCAGUUGAAAACACUGUUUUCAGAUGUGCAGAGAGCAUUUCUGAAACUGCAACAACUCCAGAAAAUGAAGUGAGAUCUGAGCAUAAAACACACAACUUGAAGUGCACCAUGUGUGAGAAGAGAUUUUCCAAAAUUGUCCUUAUGCAGAAACAUUACUCAGAAUCACAUUGUGUCACAGGGCCAUUUCCCUGUACUUUGUGCAAGACAACUUUUGCAAGGCUGUGCGAAUUGGUUCGACAUCAACAAAACAAACAGUUGUUCCUUUGCCCUGUGUGUAAGAAAGGUUUCCGUACUCCAGAAGAAAUAAAAAGGCAUAAAAAUGUACAUAAGCAAAGAGCAACAACAACCGUCUUCACGUGUGACACAUGUGGGAGAAGCUUCAAAUUCCGUGUUAAUCUGAUUAUGCACCAGAGAAAGCACAGAGAACGGCCUCCCAAUAUUUGCUCACUCUGUGGAAAACAGUUCAGUUCAAGAGACACCCUGAAAGCCCACAUGGUGAGACACACAGAUGGUUUCCCAUGCCCAGAAUGUGGAAAGAUAUUCUAUCAAAAAACACUGCUAACAUAUCAUCUGUAUAAACACAAAGGGGAAGAGCCGUACCUCUGUGACAAGUGUGGGAAAGGCUGGCCGAAUGCAGCUCUGCUCAAGGUUCACAUGGUUAAACACAGAGAGGAUCGGCCGUUUAAGUGUGACGACUGUGGUGCGACCUACAAAUGGGAAUCCAGUUUGAUCUCUCACCACAGAUCAAAACAUGUGGGUGUGCGACCAUUUGUGUGUGAGUUUUGCAGCAAGGCCUUUAGAAUAAACAGUGAACUGAAAAAACACAUGAUGGUCCACUCAGGGGAACGACCCUACUCUUGUCCAAUGUGUGGCAAAAAGUUUUCAAAAGGGUAUAACCUGAAGAAACACAGAGAAAAGCCAUGUCAGUAGGAGAAACCUAAUAGUGAGCCUGGACUGUUGAGACUGAUUAUGAUUUAUGUGCCAUACUGUAUUCUUCCACUAUACAGUACAUGCACUGUAUCUGUCUUCUUUUAACCAAGCGUGUCUCUGAAUAUCUGUGUCUUACUAUUGAACUUGAAUUUUUCAAAUAAAGAAACUGUCUGAAAUG